GUAAUUGGGAAAGAAGUCAAUUUCCGUCUAGAUGACAAAAGCCUAAAACAAGCUCAUCGCUAUGUUUUACUGCAUCAUUCUGAUGAAAUUCAAGAUCUUCUCGAAGAAUUUUUAAAUCUAAAGCGACAAAUGAAUACACAUAACCCAAUCACUGAAAGUGAUGAAAGUGAUUGGAUCAUCAACGAGUUUGGAGAGUGGUUGCGAAGUCAGGUACACUCAAUAGAUGAAUCCACCGAAGAUGGGAAACUUAGAAAAAUUCUGGCAGGGGGAUUGAAUUGUUAUGGUAGAAAAAUGAAGGGCUUUAUGAUCAAUGGGUAUAAAUUUCAGUUCAUGGACCGUGAUAGCCGUUUGACUACCCAAAAUUCUGGAAUCAUGGUUGAAGCAGAUGGAGAAGCAUAUUAUGGGAAAGUGAAGGAUAUAUAUGAAUUGGACUAUUAUGGGACUUACAAAGCUAUAUUGUUUCAUUGUGUUUGGGUAGACAUACAUAGGGGUGUUAAAUCAGAUCAAAAUGGCUCUAUAUGUGUUAAUUUCUCUAAGUUGAUGCAUUCAGGAAGAAAUUUGCAAGAUGAUCCUUUUAUUUUCUCAUCUCAAGCAAAACAGGUUUUCUACAUUGAAGAUGAGAUACGAAAAGGUGUAGAACUUCCUGUCAAAAAGAGAGAGAACGAAGAGGUUUAAUUAGGUGCCUCAUAAUGAGUUACAGAAGUAAAAGAACUGCUUUACCCCCUGGCGAGGCUCAAUUUUCUUCAAAUAAGCAACCCACUUCGACAUCCUUACAGUCUAAGUCCAGCCAUAUUGCAGUGUCACAAUCCAACUUUUCAGAGUCUUCUAACCAAUCCACCCAAUGGGGACCAUUUAGCCCUCCAACACUUGGAAGAUCACAAACGUUUGGGCACAUAUUGCAACCAAACAAAUCUUCUAUUAAUGCAUCAAAACCCACAUCUACAUCAUCUUCAUCUGUAGCUGCUGCAUCAAAAGCAGGUAUGCCAACUAUAAUGCCAUCAAACUCCCAACAAAAGAUGUCAUCAAAACCUCCUUUAACCCCAUCACAACCUAGAUCGUAUCCUAUGUUACAAUCUGUAACACCACAAACAUCACAACUCCCUCAUAAAGAAACACUACAGCCUCACAAAGGAACAAUUCAACCUACUAAACCAUGAAAGCAUCACAAGGCUACAGAGCAUCCGACUAUUCCACCUUUUACUAAAGCUAAAACUGGUGCACUUCCGUCACAAGAAACAACAUAAGUCCCUCAUAAAGAAACAACUCAGCCGACUAAAGCAUCAAAGCAACCUCAAAAAGCUACCGAACAUCCGAGUAAACAACCUUUUCCUGGAGCUAAAACAGGUGCACUGUCGGUGGGAGCUUCACAAUAACCUAUUGUCUCUUCUUUGACUGGAGCUAAAUCCCAA